AUGGACUUCCAACAGUCGGCGGAGGAGUUGCUGACAAAGCUCGACACCUACCGUGAGCAGUUGGCCCAAGUGGAAGAGGCCCUGGAACAGCAGCCUGAUGAGCCGUCCCUGGUGAAGCUGAAGAACGACCUUACAGAGGUCAUCGUCUUGACGGAAGAUUUGGUCAAGUACCAGGCCGCAGCGCCCACCGAAGCCGAGACGGGUGCCGAGACGGCUGGCAGGGCGAGCGCUCCUCCAGUGCCGCUGCCCACUUCUCGUUCCGCCGGCAAGUCGGUGCACACCGCGCUCGUCGGCCGCACGUGCGAGGCCUUCUUUGAGCAGAAGUGGUACAACGGUGAGAUCAAGUCUGUCCGCCGGGACGAGCGUGGGCAGGAGCGAUGCAUGGUGGAGUUCAUCGGCUUCUCCAACAACAGGGAGUUCAAGGUGACGGACGUCCGCCUUUUGCGACCACCACAUCCAGCCCAGUGUCAGCCAGGAACGAAGUGCCAGGCGAUCUUCCCAGACGAUGGCCUCUGGUACGACUGUGUCAUUACGGAGCAGACGGAGAAGGGCUACAAGAUCACCUUCAUGGACUAUGGCAGCCGUGCCGAGGUCCGCUUCGAUCAGAUCCGGCUGCAGACCUCGGGGAAAGUCGGGCAGCAGAAGCGCACCAUCAAGGAGGUCACCACGCCGGCCGGGUACAAGAUUCCAGAGAGCAUGCAGAUCCAGAAGACCGAUACCGAAGACAUUAUCGAGGCCAAGCGGAGGAAGAUCACGGCCUCCCGGCAUUCAUUGGCCCUUCUUUGCUGUGGUUGCUCGGAUGAUGGACGGAAGAUAGCAAAUGGAGUUAAGUUCUAA